AUGUUCGAAUUGUACGUACACAACCAUAUUAUAAUAAUAUGUCCAACGCAACGGCAACGACGUUUACAAUUACGACUUCGAAUGCAACGACGACCACUUCGUCGGUUGUCACGUCGUCGUUGGUACAACCGAACACUUCCAUCACUACAGCUGGAGUAGGUUCGCAAUCGACCACCGCGGCAUUGUCGUCAUCGACGUCGACUUGCACUGCCGCGGCCAUAGCUGAUGCUUUUGACAUAUUCGAUCAUAGUGGCAAUAGGACCAUCGACGUACGGGAACUGGGCACGGUACUCCGUUACUUGGGUUACGUACCGUCACAGGCUGACCUGAGGGAACUUGCGGUAAACGUUGAAGACCACGAAGCGACUGGUACUGUACAUCUGGCGGCAUUUUUACCGUAUGUUGAAAACGCCAUUAGUGAAUAUAAGUAUCAGCCAGCGUCGGCGUCCGAAUUACUAAGCGCAUUUCGUGCAUUGGAUUCUGAACGGACCGGAACCAUAAGCCGCGAGUGUAUGGAAUCGGCGCUCCGACAUGACGGAGAACCGUUCGAAGACGAAGAACUAGAGGAAAUGAUGUCCGCCGCUGCCGUAGAAACAGCCGCCGGUGGCGUCGUCAUACCAUACGAACUCUACAUCAAUAAAAUUUUAGUGACAAAAUGGGACACAGAACAGUAUGGUAGCAAUACUACAACUAUAACUACCACUAACUCAAAAAUAUCGAACAAAAAAUAAUUCAUAAUAUUAAAAUUUAUAUAGAUAAUACAGUCAUUUUGUAUCAAACUUUAUACACGUAGGUACUUAUUUUCUGUUAAUUAUUUUAAAAGAUAUUAACAAUUCUUGGACUUAUUUAUUAGUGUAUGAUAAUAAUUUUAUUAUUUUUACAUUUGUCGAUAAAAAUGUACGUAUAAUAUAAUAUUUAAAUAAAAAUACUGAUAAUUGACACAUCUUAA